AUGAAUCCAGACAAAAGAACCUUGUGUGAUUAUGUUCCAUUAAAAGAAUGUCUCGCAAAGAACAAUAAUGAUAGGUCAAAGUGUCUUAAGGAAUGGAAUGAAUUUCAACAGGCAUGUCGACAAAGAAAACAAGUAACCAAUGAUAAAAGUGAAUGUGAAGCCUGUAAACAAUAA